AUAAACAUUCAAGAAUUGCAAUUAAUAGAGAGAGAGAGAGGAUAAGCUGAUGGUGGUCUGAUCCUUUAUGCUAUGAAAGGGCUACCGUCGGUCGCGACACGUAGCAUAUUCUCACACUUACUUUUUAACUACUUCCUGCCAAAAAUCAUUCACCCGAGAGAGAGAAUUUGACCUGACCGCAACCCUAGCUAGCCACAUUCAAACCGGCGCAGUAAAAUUCCAAACAAAAAUCAAACCAUAUUUUUCUCGAUUUAGAAGGAGUUUCAGUACUUUUGUACUGUUGUUCGUUUCCUAAUCAAGAUAGGAUUUUAUUUAUCUAUAUAUAGAUCCAGAGACAGAAGAAAGAGAUAGGAAUUCGGAUUGCGAUUUUGAUAUUUGGAUAGAGAAAUAGAUUAGAUAGAUUGGUAGAUUUGUGCAUUUAGAGAGAGACAAAAUCAAUCAAUCGAUCGAAUCGACAUGGCUAAUAGGUGGUGGGCAGGGAACGUGGCGAUGAAUCCGAUGUCUUCACCGGCGCCGAACAGCAGCGGCAGCAACCCCAACAACUCGAGGGGCGAGAAUCUAGACGAGGCAGAGGACGGCCAGAACCCCGCGGGCGACAUCGAGAUCUCUGAGCCGUCCUCGGCCGCGUCUGGGGGCCGCCGCCCCAGAGGCCGGCCCCCGGGCUCGAAGAACAAGCCGCGCGCCCCGGUGGUCAUCACCAAGGAGAGCGCCAACGCCCUCCGCAGCCACGUCCUCGAGAUCGGCAGCGGCAGCGACGUCCUCGACAGCAUCGCCGCCUUCGCGCACCGCCGCCACCUCGGCGUCUCCGUCCUCUCCGGCAGCGGCGUCGUCACCAACGUCACGCUCCGCCAGCCCGGCGGCGGCGGCGUGCUCAGCCUCACCGGGAGGUUCGAGAUCCUCUCGCUCUCCGGCGCCUUCCUACCGCCGCCGUCGCCGCCGGGGGCCACCGGGCUCACCGUCUACCUGGCCGGCAGCCAGGGGCAGGUCGUCGGCGGCCCGGUCGUCGGCACAUUGAUCGCCUCGGGGCCGGUGAUGGUGAUCGCCGCGACGUUCACUAACGCCACCUUCGAGCGGCUUCCGCUCGAAGACGACGGCAAAGGGAUGCAUUCUCAGCAGACGUCGCCGCCGCGGCGUUCUGCUGCGGCGGCGAUGGCUGAGCCGCCUCCGCCGUCGGCGGCGGCUAUGUAUAAUAACGAGCCGUCGAAUUUGCUUCCGAACGGCGUCGGCGCCGAAAUGCCGCACGAUAUGUUUUGGGCUCCGCCGCGCCUGCUUCCUCCGUCCUAUUAGGACGGGGUGGCAGGACGGAGGUGGCCGCGGCGACAAGUACCUUUAUGGUGUAU